GAUGAGUUAUUAAGAUAUUUACAUAUCUUGGAUACUUUAGCUUAUGAAUCUUUAACAGCACAAGUUAAAUAUUUUGAAGAGAAACCCCAAAAUCAAGACCCUUCCAAUAUUCUUCAUUUAAAACGGAUUGCAAUAAAAAAAUAUAUGUGCUUUUUUGAAGUCAAAAAAUCUUUAUUAAAAUCUUCUGAUUUUAUAGAUAUUAACAAAUUUGAAAUAUCAAACAAAAAUGAAGUAUUUAAAUUGAUCAUACAUUCAAAUAUAACACAUUUUUUAAAUUUAUUAUUUACAAACCUUGAUCCAACUUUACCGGAUCUUCAAAAAGUAGAUAUCAAUUCUUUCUUUAAUUACAUCGUACCACCAACUUUGAUGAAACACGGGAAGGUCUGGGAUUUAUAUCUUAAUCUUAGAGUACAAUUAUAUAUUUCGAAACUUAAUAAAAAUCCACAAAAGAAUUUAUAUAGAAAUAUGUUUCCAAAGAUUAUGGUUGAAGGUCCAUCAAAUUAUAAGGAAAAUUAUAUUAAAGUUCGUAAUAUUAUUAAACGUUCUCCUGAAGAUGCGGAUAAGUUGAUGAAAGAAUUUAAAUGGGAAAAAUUUGUUGAAGAAAUGUUUAAAUAUAUUUAUAUUUUAGUUAAUGAAUUGGGGAUGCCCUUAUUACAUAAAUUCACUUCAAUCACUUCAAUCACUUCAAUCAAGGCUUCACCUAUAUCAUCAACUAGUUCUCCCAGGGUUGUUAUUUUUAAUGAUGCAUCAAAAAAAGUGGGUGAUAGUAAUGCAAAGAAACGUAGAAUAGCUGAUGAUGAGGAGGAUGAUGAUAUAUCGUCUGAUAAUUUAGACGAUUAUUCUUCUGCUUCAAAAAGAAGAAAUAUUUCACAUCGUUAAUGAUAAUUAAUCAGUAGAGUUGAAAUAUCAUAAAUGAUGAAUUACAUACUUUAAAGUAUAAUAUUAUCAAAACAAAUGCAAAUAAUAAUUAAUAAAGGAAAAAUUGUAUU